UUUCUUCAAUUUCUCUCCACUGUUCUUCACUUUGGUUAUGAAAUUUCGAUGAACAAAAUGAGUACAACAAAUCCCACCUCUCAAAAUCUCAUCUUUCUUUUCAAUCUCUGACCUUUCUUCUUCUAUGCCACUUCUCUCUCUCUCUCUACUGUAAUUUUUUCUUUCCAUGCCAGAACCUUUUCUUCUUCUUCUUCUUCUUCUUCUUCUUCUUCUUAUCUUUUUAGCCACUUUUUAAUUCUCUUUACUCUCUCUCUCUCUUUUUUCAGUCGGUUUCUCUCUCUAGAACAAAUUUCGGAGAUUCCGCCAUGGAAGCUCCGACCAUUCUUCGGAAACCUGGAAACUUCGCCAGCCGGACGAACGUCGGUUCGAGAAUUGUUCGGAUUUCAAUGACUGACCCGGACGCUACGGACUCGUCAUCCAGUGACGAAGAUGCGGUGAAUUUCACGCGCCGCCGUGUGAAGCGGUAUGUUGGCGAGAUCACCAUCGGCACGGCGGCGGACGAUGGUGGCCGGAAGAAGAAAAGGAAAAAGAAGAAGCAGGCGGGUAACGUGAGGAAGUUUCGCGGCGUCCGGCGGCGGCCGUGGGGAAAAUGGGCGGCCGAGAUUCGGGACUCUGACCGCCGUGUACGGAUGUGGUUAGGGACUUACGACACAGCAGAGGAGGCCGCUAUAGCGUACGACAGCGCUGCCGUGAAGCUCCGAGGACCAACAGCUUUAACCAACUUUCCCACUCCGCCGCCGCCGCCGCCGCCAUUUUCUUGCGACGACCCAUCGUCUUCGACAAAUCUCUCUUCUCCGACAUCGGUCCUCCAUUACAGAACCCACCUCGUCGAAUGCUUGCCGUCGGACCGGGGCACCGUAAACGGCGCCGCCGCCGACGUAUCUCCGGUAGUAGAUUUUCUCUUCUCCGACGACAUAUUCAAAUCGAUUAUUUUGGAACCGCCUUUUUUUCUCGAGUACCAAGCAAAUCCCAUACCGGAAACUCCAUGGGCCGGCGGCGGAGGCGGCUCGGGGGAAACGGUGGCAGCGGCGGAGUGCAAUAAAAAAGUAGAAGAAGAAGAUUAUUUUGAAGAAAUUUUGAUGGGGUCGGAUCCUUUGGUGGUCCUAUGAGGAAUUCGCUGCAGAGUCAUCGGGUAAUGUGAUGCCGCCAGCCUGCCGAUUUUCUGGCAGAUUUUCUUCCGGCCGCCGCAAUAGAAUCUAUC